AUGUACUCGAGAGCCGCUCGCCGUGGCCUCAAUGGCUCCGUUCGCCGGGCCUCUGAUCCCUUAUCAGCAGCCCUUCGCACGUCUCGACUUACAGAUCUCCGGCUUCGGAGCCGGGAGCUCGUUCCGGUGAGCUGGGAGCCCGUCUCUCAGCGCCUAUUUCACUCAAAGUCUAGUGACAGAUCCGUAGCAGACGCGGUUCCGGUCGAGAGGAAAGCAACCUUUGAGAAGCGACAGCAACCAUCACCAUUCGAUGGCGUCCGCGCACGCAGGGCCAAGGCCGGCAAGCUGAUAGCGGGCGUGGCCGCGGCAUCAGACAGCGACAUGUUCAAAGCUCCCGCAGUUGGGAAACCUAAAUCAAAGCGAUGGGACCAUCACCUCUCGCCAGAGUCCCUCUCACGCCACCCCUGCUCCCUGAAACAGGCCGCCCGCCACCUAAAGAAGCCCGGCCUCAUCUCGCUCGGCGGCGGCCUCCCCUCGAGCGCCUACUUUCCCUUCGCCGAGCUCUCCAUCCGGGUCCCCACGGCCCCGCACUUCUCGGAAGCGGAGACCAUCGCCUCGGGCCAGACCCUCACCGUCGGGAAAUACGACGUCCGGGAGAAGGCCGACGCCGAGUACGAUCUCUCCAUCGCCCUCAACUACACCCAGUCCACAGGCUCCGCCCAGAUGAUGCGCUUCGUCACAGAGCACACCGAGCUCGUGUACAACCCGCCCUACGCCGAUUGGCAGUGCUGCCAGACCGUCGGCAGCACGGGCGCCCUGGAACAGACGCUGCGCAUGUUCUGCGACAAGGACCGCAAGGAUUCUGUCCUGACGGAGGAGUACAGCUUCUCCACCGCGCUCGAGACCAUCGCACCGCUCGGCGUCAAGGCCGUCGGCGUCCCCGUUGACGCUGAGGGCCUGCUCCCGGAGGCCAUGGACGAGAUUCUCACAAACUGGGAUUCCGAGGCACGCGGCGGCCGCCGAAAGCCUCACUUGCUGUACACCGUCCCUUCGGGCCAGAACCCCACGGGGGCAACGCAGUCCGCGGCCCGGAGGCGGGCAAUCUACACCGUGGCGCAGAAGCACGACCUCUACAUUAUCGAAGACGAGCCCUAUUACUUUCUCCAGAUGCAACCCUACACCGGCCCCGACGCACCCGCGACCCCGCCCCCGUCCUCCGUCUCCGAGUUCCUGGGCACCCUGAUCCCUUCCCUGCUCAGCAUGGACACGGACGGCCGCGUGCUCCGCAUGGACUCCUUCUCCAAGGUGCUGGUUCCCGGGUCACGCUUGGGCUGGGUGACGGCGUCGGCGCAGGUGAUUGAGCGCUUCAUCCGCCACGCCGAGGUCGCGAACCAGGGGCCCAGCGGGUUCUCACAGGUCGCCGUGUGGAAGCUGCUCGACGAGACGUGGGGACACGAGGGGUACCUCCAAUGGCUCAUCAACCUGCGCAUGGAGUACACGCAGCGCCGCGACUGGCUCCUGGCCGCGUGCGAGAAGCAUCUUCCCCGUGACAUUGUGAGCUGGACGCCUCCUGCCGCCGGCAUGUUUUUGUGGCUCAAAGUCGACCACUCCGCCCACCCGGAUGGCAACCUCCGCCCGCUCCUCGAGGUCGAGGAGGAAAUCUUCAACUCGUGCAUCGAGAAAGGCGUCCUCUGCGCCCGGGGCUCGUGGUUCCGCACCGAGCAGGACACCCCGCUCAAGGACCUCUUCUUCCGCGCCACGUUUGCAUCGGCCAGCGAGCAGGAUAUGGACAAGGCGAUUCAGAGACUGGGGGCUGCCAUUAAGGAGAGUUUCCGCAUCGCAUGA